AUGCCAAAAACACCACCGAGAAAGAGAUCUGGACAGUUGGUUGCGUCACCUGAAAAUACAAUCUCGGCGGCAAGCAAAAACUGCACAGGUGAAAAGAAUAAGAAGAAAAAAUAUCAGUUUGCUCCCAUUGAUAACCUUGAAGAUAAAACCAGAUCUGAUACAAGCGUUCUCAAGUCAAUAUCUGUAUCACAAGUGAGGAACAGCGGGAAUUAUCUGGCACAUGGAGUGAAAAUAAAGAACAAAUCAGAAUUACGAACUCCUCCAAAGAAAAAGGAUAUCACCACAGCAGAAUAUAAAACAAAACGAAAAACCGGGGAUAACACACGCUUUUCAAAGCAGGGGGAAGAAGAACCCAGCGAGGAAGUCAUUUGGGAGUAUUGCCCCAUAGAGAAAGAUGUUUCAGAUCAACCCUAUAGCUCUCACGCUAAUUCUGAAGAUUUAAUUGAGCAAGACGCCUGUCAGGAUCCUUCUUCCACACCUAUGAUACCUAAAAGGCUGAAAAGCGUACUCAAUUUUGCCUCUAUCAGUGAACGAGAACAAUCAGAAAGAGAAUCCACAUUGUCUGUACAGUUGCGAGAAACAACGCGAUUAAAGGAUUUUUCAGUCUCACUUAAGGAGUCUGUACGAGAUAUAGAUGAUAUUCUUGGAGAUAUUGAGGGGGAAGUCAGUAGAAAGCACCACCUAACAAGCCUGAACCAGUUGCCGUCUUCUCCCAGCAGGAUACCUUCCGAGGUUCCAGUAAGUGUCGUCAACGGUGGGACAGAAACGCCAGACAUAGAAUUUACAAAUGAUGAUGACGAGUCCUUAAUUGAAAUACUUACGCAGAAAUUCACUCAAAGAAAGACGUCUCGUAGUCCAAAAAUGGAUUGCAGUGAUACAUUGGACGAUUCUUUAAUAGAGCAAAUAGAUUCCUUGGAGGAAAAACAGAAAAUAUCAAGGGUUGAGGAGGAAAUUGAAGAUGUGGAGGUCAGGAUAUCACAGGCUUUGAACAUGAAAGCACAGCUUAGCGAGGACUCAAUUAAAGCUACAAAAAUAACACAGAAAACUGAAAUAAGUGAAUACAUUGAACGUGCAAAAUCUGCUAUAGUACGAGAUAAUGUCAAAAGGUUCGUGGUAUUGAGUGUUAAUGACUUAAAUUUGCCGAAAGUCGGUAGGCAGAAGGUUAUGUCAUGUAUAGAUAGAAAUGGCGACACAACUUCGAUCAUAGUGCGACAUCCAUGGGUAUUUCUGGAAAUAGAGAAGGGCGAUGUCAUCCAUAUAAUUGAGGGGAAAAAUAUUGAGAAUAAAAGGCUACUUUCAGACGACAAAAAUCCAAUUACUCAACUUAGGAAUGACAAUCUUCUUAUUCUCAAUCCAGAUGUCUUACUAUCUGCUACAUCUGUCGGGAGCUCAAUCGAGUGUUUGAGAAGAGCUAUCCUACAGCUCACGCUCGAGGAUCCUCGCGGGGAGCCGAGCUUGCCCAUGAUAGUCGGAAAUAUCGUUCACGAGUUGUUACAAGACUCUUUAGUGCACAAGCUUCUUCACAAGAAACUUGAUAUGGAGUAUUUAGAGAAAACGCUUGCUUCUCUAAUGGAAGCAUAUUCUUUUCAGCUGCUACAAUGUAAUGAAGAUCUCGCCUCGGUAACAGAAAAUAUCCGUAGCACCCAUUUAAAGAAUAUCCAUCAGUUUAUCAAUAAAUUUGUCCAGAAGAAUAACUAUGGGUGCUACGUUUCUGUAUCGGGGACCCGAAUAACAGACCCAUUGUCAAUCUCGGGUGUUCUUGAUAUCGAAGAGAAUAUAUGGUCUCCCAUCUAUGGCCUGAAGGGUUUUUUGGAUGCAACAGUUGAGGCUCACGUGGAAAACUCAUAUGCCCUUGUGCCGCUCGAAGUGAAAACCGGUAAGCAUCGCAGCUUGUCCCAUGAGACGCAGGGUCUUCUGUAUACAUUACUUCUGCAUGAUAGGUAUGAAGUAUCACCUGAUUUUUUUCUGCUCUUAUACACCGGAAGCAACGACCUGAUAAAGUUUCCAAGUGCCCUUCGUUCUAUUCAGCAUGUUCUAAUGUUUAGAAAUCAAAUGGCUACUAGUCUGAAAUAUGCGCUGAGAGAAAUAACCACAAAAGAACGUUAUAAUAGACGUCUUCCGCCAAUAAUGCAAAGCUCAAUUUGCGACACAUGCAGUGUCAAGCACACUUGUAUGGUUCUAAACAAACUGCUCGAAGAUGGUCAUGCUGAUGAAAGUGGCCUGAAACAAGGGGAAUAUGAAGGUUUGACGAACCAUCUACUGUUGGAUUUUAAUGAAAACAAGGCUUUUUUGGGAAAGUAUAUAGAUCUGCUAAUCAAGGAAGAGUCUUCAAUAAGUGGCAUUAGUCAAGAAUUAUUUCUAUUAGACAGCAAAACAAGGGAAUCCUUGAGUGGACAUUGUAUCUCCAAUCUUAGUGUGAGUAAUUCAUCUCGGAAUCCUACUCAUAAACAUUUGUUCCUGCAUAAAUUCGUUCGCAAAUCACAAAAUGGCAGUUUUAAUUCGAUGCUUCACAGUCAGUUCUCCCUGAAUGAUAUGGUCAUUAUAAGUGACGAAGAAGGCCACUUUUCUUUAUGUCAAGGACGUAUAACUGCGUUGUCUUCGAAUUCCGUGACCGUCUCUACAAGAAGAAAAGUGUUGAACAAUCGCAGUAAGACAAGCACUGGAAAAGCACCUACUGUUCACAGUGUGGUCAAUGAAAAUGCAGAUCAGGACUUGAUGAUGAGAACUCAAAAUUUAGUCUCCUACAGAAUUGACAGAAAUGAUGUUCACAGCAGCCUGAAAUUAGCAAGAUUCAACCUUUUGAAUCUUUUUCUGCCUCCUGUCAAUCAAUUUUCAAAGGAUAUGAGCAGCGGAAAGGAGAACGUGAAACGAUCUGCAGGAGGAGAUGAGAGGAUGCGUUCUAUUCUUGUAAAUAACAGAGUUCCUCGAUUCACAGAAGAACCCACUUUUCCGUUUCACAUUGAGGAUAAGAAGGCAUUUAAUGACGACCAAAGAAGGGCCAUAGAAAAGGUGAUGAGAGUAGAAGAUUAUGCUUUAAUUCUUGGAAUGCCCGGAACCGGAAAAACCACUGUCAUUGCUGAGAUAAUUAGAAUAUUGGCAGGUGCCGGAAAGAGUAUACUAUUGGCAUCAUACACAAAUUCUGCUGUAGAUAAUAUUCUUCUGAAAUUAAUACCCACCAAUUUUAGUAUUGUUCGAUUAGGUGUUCAACACAGGAUACAUCCCAAAGUACUCCCAUAUCAGCCAAACUAUGAAUCCGUGACAACUUACGACGAAUUUUUGGAGCAAGUGAACGGCGUUUCCGUUGUUGCAACGACAUGCUUAGGGAUAAAAGACUAUAUGUUCACAGUAAGGGAGAAAGACUUUGAUUAUGUGAUACUUGAUGAGGCAAGUCAAAUAUCAAUGCCCAUAGCGUUGGGUCCGAUUAGAUUUGGCGAGAAGUUCAUAAUGGUUGGAGAUCACAAUCAGUUACCACCAUUAGUGAAGAACGACGCAGCCCGCGCAGGCGGGUUGGAGGAGUCACUGUUCAAGAUGAUUUGUGAUAGGCAACCGGAUUCCAUAUGUGAACUGACACAUCAGUAUCGUAUGUGUGAAGACAUCGUCUCUUUAUCAAAUUUCUUGAUAUAUGACGGAAAGCUAAAAUGCGGUAACUCAAUAGUAAGUAACCAAUGCCUCAAAAUACCGAAUCCGGAUAAGCUUGAUGCAUACAAAACUCUUUAUGCUAUCGAUAGCUGGUUGAAACAUGUCCUUGAUCCCAAGAAUAACGUGAUAUUUUUAAACUACGACAACGACAAGAGCAUAUGUGAAGAUCGCCAGAGAGACAAUAUCACCAAUGAAGGUGAAAUCAUAAUCGCUAAACAGUGCCUUGACGCUCUUACAGUAUGCGGCGUUGACCCGUCCAAUAUUGGUGUUAUGACGCUGUACAGAGCACAGCUCAACCUGAUCCGAAAGUCGAUCGAUACAGAACGUUACAAUGGCUUGGAAAUCUUGACCGCGGAUCAAUUUCAGGGUCGCGACACAGAAUGCAUCAUCAUAUCCUUGGUAAGGAGUAACGAUCAAAACAGCGCCGGAUCGCUACUGAGAGAACUGCGUCGCGUCAACGUCGCAUUGACGAGGGCCAAAUCAAAACUUAUCAUAAUCGGAUCCAAGAAAACAAUUGCUUCUACUCCAGAAAUGUCAGAUUUGGUCAACUACAUCCACGAAAAGAACUGGAUGUAUGAACUACCAAGUGAUUUUUUGAAUGCGUAUAAUUUCCGUAUUGAAGAAGGUAGUAUCCCGAAUAGAGAGCAUACAGCCGCAAACGAAAAGGAUAUCGUGAGGAGUAACAUAUGCUCAAAAAAGGCCGGCGCCAAAAACAUCACUGCGACCUCAAAAAUGCUGCGCGGCAAACCCAUUGUUCGUCAAACGCUCUCCGAAUUCAAGUGA